UCACGACUUGCAUGUGUUCCUCUGACAGAUGGCAGAAGGAGACAAAAAGGUAGUCAAGAAGAAGCACGGGAGCCGUAACCCGGUCCUGGCCCGGGGAAUCGGUCGUUACUCCCGCUCGGCGAUGUAUGCCCGCCGUGCUAUGUACAAGAGGAACUACAAGACCACUGAGACUAAGGUCGAGAAGAAGAUCAAAACUAGGCCCCAAGCCACAGUUGUGAAGACUGUCGGUGGUGACAAAAACGGAGGCAGCCGCGUUGUCAAGCUGCGUAAAAUGCCCCGCUACUACCCCACCGAAGACGUUCCUCGCAAGUUGAAGAGUCACGGCAAAAAGCCCUUCAGCCAGCACAAGAGGAGACUUCGCUCCUCAAUCACCCCCGGAACUGUCCUCAUCUUGCUCACAGGACGCCACCGUGGAAAGCGUGUAGUCUUCCUGAAGCAGCUUGCAAGUGGUCUGCUACUUGUCACUGGCCCUCAUACUUUGAAUAGAGUCCCUCUGCGCAGAGCUCACCAGAAGUUUGUCAUUGCAACCACCACCAAAAUUGACAUCUCUAGCUUGAAGCUCCCCAAGUCUCUCAAAGAUGUCUAUUUCAAGAAGAAGAGACUGAGAAGGCCCCGCCACCAAGAGGGCGAGAUCUUUGACACAGAAAAGGAGAAAUACUUGGUGACAGAGCAGAGGAAGGAGGACCAGAAGGCUGUAGACUCACAGCUCCUGUCUCUUAUCAAGAAGGUUCCUCAGCUGAGAGGAUACCUGCAUGGCUCCUUCUCCUUGACUAAUGGGGUCUUUCCACACAAAUUGGUUUUCUAAAUGUUAAUAAAGUCAAUCUUACACACCUA